UACUUAUCUGACGUGGCAUAAAUACCUCCUUUUCCACAUCGCCUCUCUCCAUAACAUUUUCUCUUCAUCGCAAACUUAACCGGCGAACCCUAAUCUCACCCCCAAAAAAAAAAAAAAAAUCUCAUCGGAAAAUCGAUCUCCGAUCAUACAUCAAAUCGCUUUCCAAAUCCGAAAUGAGCAAGACCUUCGUCUUGGGAGGACUAUAAUGAUCGGACUCUCGGUGUCCCGUCUCGAUUGCAUGGGGUUUGAGCUAUGCCUGAGCUUCGCCGUGGAGUCCGCCGUGGCCGUGUCCCCGACGCUGUAGCUCCGAAUCAACAGCCUAAGAAUAAGAAUCAGAGGAAGAGUAACGGAAAAGCGGUUGCCGUCGGAGUUGCAGAGAGGCCGAGGACGAGAUUGGCGGCGAGGAGAUUGAAAGAGGAAGAUAAGGUAACCCUUCAGGAGAAUCCUAAGAAGAAGGGUAAAGAGGUAGUGGUUGAAGAAGAAGAAGAAGAAGAGGAGAAGGAAGUUAUGGCGAUUGGUAACGAUAGUGGUGGCUCUAACAAGGCGGCUGCUCAGGAAGAAGAAGGAAACACUGCUCCUUUCCCCGAAAGGGUUCAAGUUGGAGGAUCGCCGCUUUAUAAGGUUGAGAGGAAGCUGGGGAAAGGUGGUUUUGGUCAAGUGUUUGUAGGACGUCGUAUUAGUGGUGGUAAUGAUCGUAGUGCAGGAGCUAGCAUCUUGGAGGUUGCUCUGAAGUUUGAGCAUCGAAGCAGCAAGGGUUGCAACUAUGGUCCUCCACAUGAGUGGCAGGUUUACAAUACGUUGGGUGGCAGCCAUGGAGUACCUAGAGUGCACUUCAAAGGGAGACAAGGAGACUAUUAUAUUAUGGUAAUGGACAUACUCGGGCCUAGCUUAUGGGAUAUAUGGAAUACUUCAGGGCAAGCAAUGUCCUCGGAAAUGGUAGCUUGCAUUGCAGUUGAAUCACUGUCCAUCCUUGAAAAGAUGCAUGCAAAAGGUUAUGUGCAUGGAGAUGUUAAGCCAGAAAAUUUCUUACUCGGGCAGCCUUCAACGUCUCAAGAGAAAAAGCUGUUUCUUGUUGAUUUGGGACUAGCAACAAAGUGGAGAGAAGGAGGUGGUAGCGGACAACAUGUUGAAUAUGACCAACGUCCCGAUAUGUUUAGGGGGACAGUUAGAUACGCAAGUGCACAUGCUCACUUGGGGAGAACUGCUAGCAGAAGGGAUGAUCUUGAAUCAUUGGCAUAUACACUGAUCUUCCUUCAUCGAGGUAGAUUGCCAUGGCAAGGAUAUCAGGGAGAUAACAAGUCAUUCCUCGUUUGCAAAAAGAAGAUGGCAACAUCGCCAGAUAUGCUUUGUUGUUUCUGUCCCGCUCCUUUCAAGCAAUUUCUUGAGAUCGUGGUAAAUAUGAAAUUUGACGAGGAACCUAACUAUGGGAAGUUAGUAUCUCUGUUUCAAGAACUCUUGGGGGAAAACCCGGCAAUUAGGCCUAUUAACACGGAGGGUGCUCAAAAGAUCAUUUUUCAAGUUGGACAGAAGCGAGGUAGGUUGAGCAUUGGGGAAGAAGAAGAAGAUGCUCCUAGGAAAAAAGUCCGUCUAGGAGUCCCUGCAACACAAUGGAUAUCGAUUUACAAUGCCAGGCAACCAAUGAAGCAGAGGUACCAUUAUAAUGUAGCUGAUUCAAGGCUGGCACAGCAUAUCGAAAGAGGUAUCGCAGAUGGUUUGUUAAUAAGCUGUGUAUCAUCAUGUUCGAAUCUAUGGGCAUUAAUAAUGGAUGCUGGAACUGGCUUCACAAACCAAGUCUACGAACUUUCUCCUGUCUUCUUGCAUAAGGAAUGGAUAAUGGAACAGUGGGAGAAGAAUUACUACAUAAGUUCUAUUGCUGGUGCAACCAAUGGAAGCUCCUUAGUUGUCAUGUCAAAAGGUACGCAGUAUUCACAGCAGUCUUACAAAGUAAGCGAUUCAUUCCCAUUCAAGUGGAUAAACAAGAAGUGGAGAGAAGGCUUCCAUGUAACCUCUAUGGCAACAGCUGGGAGUCGAUGGGGUGUUGUUAUGUCCCGCAAUUCUGGUUACAGUGAGCAGGUUGUGGAACUGGAUUUUCUGUAUCCGAGUGAAGGCGUGCACAGGCGUUGGGAUGGUGGAUACAGAAUUACAUCAACAGCAGCAACGACUGAUCAAGCUGCUCUAAUUCUAAGCAUCCCACGGCGUAGACUGGCUGACGAGACACAAGAGACAUUGCGUACCUCUCAGUUCCCUAGCACACAUGUCAAGGAAAAAUGGGGAAAGAAUCUCUACCUGGCAUCUUUAAGUUAUGGCCGAACUGUGUCUUGAAAUUUACUGAAAAAUGUAUUCGAAAUUGAACGACUCUCUAUUGUGUUUUUGUUCAGUUGAAUUGUGAAUCGAAAGAUUUGGUAUUGUACUGUAUUUUACAUAUUAGCUACACUGUUCCUUCUAUAUUGCUAUUUAAUCUUUAUAUCAAGAAAAUAUAUUAUUGUUGCUAUA